ACACAUAUGUAUAUUAAGAAAAAAUUUAAAGACUACAGGGCAGGACAUAUGUUUGGUGUCAAAUCAUUUGGAAGGAUGUUGGAACCAAGCUCAUUCCUCCCCCUUCUCCAUUUUAUCAACAUUCUCUGAUCAUAGAGAAAAUCUGGUUGAUAGGACAGUUAAAAUUUUUAAUCUUUUGAGAAAAGUAUAAUAUAAAUCACUGCAGUGGGGAUCAAAAUGAAGAGAGAGAGGCUGUCAAGACAGCAUGAACACAGGUGGCCCUCACAACCCUGCUAGUGGUCUGAGCUAGGCUGUAUGUAGAGGCUACUUUGUUGAAGGGCUGGCAGUAGCCACAUCUUUUUCCUUUUAUCCUAAAUUUCCCAGACUUUGUGGAAAAUGGGUGGGUGUUUUCACACUUCCCACAAUCUGGACUAUAUGCUUUCUCCUCUUCCACAAGCCCAAGCCUCAAGUAAUUCUGGUAAUAUGGAUGGGAAUUAUUUCCAGGUUGCAGUCCAUGUGCUGGGAAAGGAGGCAGUGCUCUUGGGAGAAACAGCAGAGACCUCAGGCUUCAAACUGAGGCCAGCAGAGUCCCAGCCAGUGGGCAGGUCCCAGGAUGAAGAAUUUUGGAAUGAAUAUCAGGAUCAACAACAGCUGAGCAGGAAUACUCAUAAAGAAACUGAGCCUAUGUGUGAGAGGGCUAUGCCUACUCACCAGAUCCUAGAAUUUCCUGAGCAGACAAAUACCAAAGACUGGAUAGUGGCACCUGAGUUCAUCUUGCCUGAGUCCCAGAGCUUGUUGACGUUUGAAGAAGUGGCUGUGUAUUUUUCCCCGGAAGAAUGGGAGUUACUGGAUUCCAGUCAGAAGGCCCUCUACAAUGACGUAAUGCAGGAAAACUAUGAGACUGUCAUCUCUCUAGUGACCUGUCUAGAGCAAGAGAAAGAGCCAUGAGUUCAAGGAUCCGUGGAAUUCAAGGACAGUCCUGGAGUGCUGCAUAUAGAUAAAUAUACCAUGAGAAGAAGGGAAAUGUGCCCUCAAAAAAAGUCUUUGCAAAGACUUAAUUUAAGAUUCUACUUAUCUGUAUUUUAAAAUUGAAUAAUCAUUGAAUUUUUGUCUCUAUUCUUGAGGUUUCUUUCUGCUAUUUAGUUGGUUGAUUUUUAUGUUUAU